UACUUAUAUAACUCACACAUGGGCCACUUAUCCAAAAGAUCCUUUCACCAAAUCAAAAAUGUUAUGCAACACCUCCAAUUCCACACUCUUCUUCCAUCUCCAUCUCACAACCCACCAUAACCACCGCCCAUCCUACUCUUUCAUCACUUGUUUUUCCCUCUCCGCUUCUUCACCUUCUCAAAACCCAUGUUCCGAAACUCCCAAACCCCUAAAUUUAAACCCUAAUACCCAACAAAUUCUUCGAACCCACAACUCCAAAUCCUCCUCAUUUCUCCUUCUCGACAAUCAAAAUCAACAACAAUGGCUGCCGAAAGAAGAAAACGACGAUGCUUCGAUAUCAGAGGAAGAAAAGGCCAGGAUUUUGGAAAUGACCCUGGUAAGAAAUCGUCUUCCUCAAUUUCCUGGUUCAAUUUAUCCACGCUCAAUUCAUGUAAAUGACGUUUCUAACUCUCCAUUGAAUACCCUUUUGAUGGGAGAUGAUGAAGGUGAGAUGAUUAUGAGAGCUAUUGAGAUUAGAAGGAAAGUAACUUUGGAGAUAUUUAUUGAUGUUAUGAUUCGAAAGGGUAAAUUUGGUAUAACUUAUUCGAAGAAUUUGGGUUCAAAAUUGGGGGAAUUUAUUGAUUUGGUGAUGAUUCAAGCUGCUGCUAUGAAGAAAGUUCCUGAAUUUUCCAGGUUUUCGUUUAAUGCUCGUGUUCGAAAGUUUAUUGAGGAGUCUAAUGUUGUUCCUCUUAUAAGGUGGUUGAAACACAAUUCAUUGUCGUACCCCCAAAUUGGUAGAAUCAUAUGCAUUUCAAAGGGGGAUGCUCAAUUGAUAAGGGAGCUUGUAGAGUGGUUGAAGUCAAUUCAUGUCCAUGGAAGAAACAUUGGAGUUGUGUUCAUGAGGGUGGGGGAGAACAUUAUGAGACGCAAUAUAGAAGAAAUGGAGGAGAUCGUUGCGUAUCUAGAGAGCAAAGGUGUGAGGAGGGAUUGGAUGGGUUAUGUCAUUAGUCGAUGCUUUGAAUUAUUGACAUUUAGCAUGGAAGAAGUGAAAACUCGUGUAAGUUUUUACACAAACAUGGGUAUGAAUGAGCAAGACUUUGGCACGAUGGUUUAUGAUUGCCCCAAAGUUCUUGGCUAUUAUACUUUAGAAGAGAUGAAGGAAAAGGUAAAUUAUCUGAUGGACUUUGGACUAAGUGAGAAAGACGUUGGAAGACUACUCGCUUUUAAGCCUCAGUUGAUGGUAUGUGGCAUUGAGGAAAGAUGGAAACCCCUUCUAAAGUAUCUUUACUAUCUUGGAAUUGACCGAGAUGGCAUGAGAAGAAUGCUCGUCAUCAAACCAAUGGUGUUCUGUGUGGACCUCGAAACUACUAUUGUGCCAAAGGUACGAUUUCUACAAGACAUAGGUAUCAAAGACGACGCUAUUGGUCGCAUGCUUGUCAAAUUUCCUCCACUGCUAACAUACAGCCUCUAUAAGAAGAUCCGUCCAGUGGUUGUGUUCUUAUUGACAAAAGCGGGAGUCACACAAAAGGAUAUAGGGAAGGUGGUAGCUUUGGCACCCGAACUAUUAGGAUGCAGCAUUGCUCAUAAGUUGGAUGGCAACGUGAAGUAUUUUCUGUCGCUUGGGAUAAGCCUUCAACAGUUAGGUGAGAUGAUUGCCGAUUUCCCUAUGCUUCUACGUUACAAUGUCGAACUUCUCCGUCCCAAGUAUCGUUACCUGCGAAGGACAAUGGUUCGGCCUCUACAGGAUGUCAUUGAAUUUCCAAGGUUUUUUAGCUACUCUUUGGAAGACAAAAUUACACCAAGACACAAGAUUCUAAUAGAGAAUCGGGUAAACUUCAAACUCCGGUAUAUGUUGGCAAGUAGCGAUGAAGAGUUUGAUCAGCGGGUUAAGGCUGCAGUUGAAAGGCGACAGAGGUUUGAGUCAGGCUCUGUUGCACCUGAAGCUAGUACCCUUAGUGAUAGCGAGGACGUUGCAACUUCUGAAGCUGGUACUUCAUUUCAGAGUACGCAUUUAGAGAUGGCGGAGGAGGACCAAGUCCUAGCUCCUAAGUCCUAACCUGUUGUAAAUCAGCUGGUCAUUGGUGUAAAAUAGCUUAGUAAGGGGAAAAUGUGUACAUAAUGAUGUUUUGUAAAGCUUUUAGGGUCAUGUAAUUGUUUAUGAUGCCCAUUGCCAAUGUUUCGAGUCUCAUCGUAACUUGUUUAGAUGUUGCGGACCUUAUGUGCCUUUGUUUCGUCGUUUUGUUAUGUAGUUUGCUUUGAUUACUAGUACGUUGUUGAAUGUUUUACUGCUUGGUAAUCAAAGGCGAAAACUCGUAGGAACAGGUAGAGCUUUAAGAUAUUGCAAUCUUGUCUUCGAUUAUCAAGCACUUGUUCACCCUUACUCCUUCCUUCUCAAGUCCCUUUUUUCGGAUGAGUUAUGGUUUUCCGGCUCAAGUCAGGUUGUGUGAAAAUUGACAACGGACCAAACCUUAAAUCUAGAUUUUUUCGAUUUUUUUAAUUAUUAACCAACAACUAAACUCAUUAAAUUAUGCUUAAUAAUCUACAAAAAUACCCCUAAGUACACCUAUCACUUCGCCAGACAAACCAUAAUUAUUCCUGUAAAAUUAAAACUAAUAUGCCAGACA